GUUCCAGGAAGUUUGACAGAGGUGGCUCUGCAUUCUGCCACAGAGAAACGAGAACAGUUUGGAAACCUUUAUAGUGUAUUUUUUAGACUAUAACACACAAAUGUGUUACAGUUUCGGUUUAUACAAUUCUCCUGGAUUAUUUCAGGACUUUUAGAAGCUUUGCUGUAUGGUAAUGACUUUAGGGGACGGACACAGAGGAGAAAAGCAAGAUCAUGCGGUCACAUCAGGUCCCCCGCGCGAUCCCGCAACAUUUUAAAAUCCUCUAACGUUACAUAUCGUGUACUCUAUAUACAAACAAGUGUUUAUUUUCAGCAGAAUGAGGUCUGCAGACAGCAGACAUCUAAUCUCAGCGAUUAGAUAUGUAUUUAACGGAAGAAGGACUAAUUAUUUAAGGUUUGACACGGAGUUCUUCCUCCGGCACUUGAGAGGUUCACGCAUGUUGUUCAGAGAUUUGAGUACCUCAGUUAAAACUCUACAGUAUGACCUGAAAAAAUCAGACAUAGCUAAAUCUGGCAAUAGGAAGUUAUUCUUUGACACUCAUGCAAUGGUUCAGCUGCUUGAGGAAAGCGGCUUCGUGACCCAGCAGGCAGAGGUCAUUGUCAAUAUGAUGGUAAAUAUCACAAAUUCAAACAUGGACGUUAUGUACGGUGACAUGGCUACCAAAACACAGCAGGAAAUCAUGUUACAGAAAGUCAUGUCUCAUAUUGCUGCUGUAAAAAAGGACAUGAUCAUUCUGGAGAAGAGUGAAUUCUCAGCAUUACUAGCAGAGAAUGAGAAAAUCAAGGUUGAGCUGUCACAGCUAAGAAUACAACUCACUGAUGUGAUGAACAAAAGGCGUGCAGAUGCCAUUUUGGAUUUGAAUGUAGAAAAAAGUCGCGUGAAGGAGAUGACAGUCGACUUUGACAGAAAGCUCAUAGGGACCAGGAAUGAAUUGAUGGAAAUGCAUUCUGAGCAGGAUCGUCACAUGACACAGACUAACAUGAAAAUCGACACAGAAGUGGCGGGCCUGAAGACUUUGCUGGAGUCACAUAAACUGGAUACCAUCAAAUAUCUGGCAGGUUCAGUCUUCACGUGUCUCACAGUCAUACUUGGAUUCUAUCGGCUAUGGAUGUAGACAUCAGCAGACUUUGUUCUUCCUGAGAAAAUGUGUCAUCAGCCUCGGGUCUCAAGAAGAGCUCCUGUAGGAGAAAAUGUUGAUUCCUGCACUGUUGUAUCAAUCUCUGUUAGGAAAAAACAAAGCAUAUUUACAUACCUAGAUAGUACUUAUAUACAUAGUGCUACACCUUGUAUUAGUUUAUGAUGUUCAUGCUUAUUAAAACCAGUGUCAACUGAUGAAUCAAUCCCAAGAUAAUACAAUACACAAAUAUGCCAAAGAAGGUGCAAGGCAUGUGAUAAAUCAAAGAUUCUUGCAAAUAAAUAUACAUAGCCAUUUAUUUUAAACACAGCUAUUAACUUUGCAUUUGUUUAUGUUGUGCAUCAGUCAGAUUUUUAUGUGUGAUGUAAUAAUGCCGAUUAAUUACCCUGCAUGUUUAAGCAAUAGUGAAGUGAAGCACAGCCUAGUAUGGUGACCUUGCAUUUAACCGCACACACACACGCACACACAGAGCAGUGGGCAGCCAUUUAUGCUGUGGCGUCCGGUUCGGUGGCUUGCUCAAGGACACCUAAGUCGUGAUAUUGCUGGCCUGAGACCCUACCCCCUAACCUUAGGGUUAGGAGUCCUACUCUCUAACCACUAGGCCAUGACUUCCCCUACAGUAGUGCUGUUGUACUGAAUAUCAGCACAGCUGUGACGAAGCUCUGACAAACAGUUGUAUGAUGUCAAUUAAAGUGCCUUGGGUUGUUCUGGUAAUGGAAUGUAUUGCAUGUAUUUGUCAAAAUGAUUACAAUUCAUGUUGAAAACUUGAUUAGAGGUGAGAACUAAAUGCACAAGAUGUACAAAAAAAGUGUAUAUAUUUUUAUUGUAAUAUGUUCCUGAUUCAAUGCAAGUCACAGUUAUUCUGAUGAAUAAAACAUAAGUCUUGAA